UUUUUUUUCUGAAGUGAAGGGAUUUCCUCCCGGUCUAAAUCUAUGCAUGCGGUUGGAAACACUCAGCCAGCAAUUGUAAUUUUUCAUCCGAAAGCUUUACGAGCAGCCAUAAUCUGAGUGUGGACUACACUCGAGGAAACAUGCAGGACUUAUUUGCUGUAGUAGAAACAUCCCGAGUAGCUUUUCUCCCAAAGUGAACCCCCCCCCCAACCCCCCACCCCCCCUUACUGUUGUCUUUCACUCGCCCUGGAGCGGAGGAAAAAAUGGAUCCAGGGGGGAAGUGUCGAAGGAAACUCUUUCUUCUGGGACCCCGAGUGGCCGUCUGCGGCGACCUGCGCGGCGUGGGCCGGUACCUGGCGGUCUGCGUGCUGUUCCACUGCGUGCUGUUCACCCACGCCAGCCCGGCGAAGCCCUGUGACAAGAGCUGCCUCUCCGGGAAGUGUGUCAACGGGUCGUGCGUGUGCGACCGGGGAUGGGUGGGAGACCAGUGCCAGCACUGCCAGGGCAGGUUCAAGUUGACUGAACCGUCGGGAUACCUCACCGACGGGCCCAUCAACUACAAGUACAAAACCAAGUGCACCUGGCUCAUCGAGGGCUACCCUAAUGCGGUUCUUCGGUUAAGAUUUAACCACUUUGCCACAGAGUGCAGCUGGGACCACAUGUACGUCUACGACGGAGACUCCAUAUACGCUCCGCUGGUCGCUGUCUUCAGCGGCCUCAUCGUCCCAGAGAUACGAGGCAAUGAGACGGUUCCCGAGGUGGAGACGACGUCGGGUUAUGCACUGUUACACUUUUUCAGCGACGCUGCCUACAACCUGACAGGAUUUGAAAUAUUUUACUCGAUCAACUCUUGUCCCAACAACUGCUCCGGCCACGGGAAGUGCACCCCGGGGAACUCGGCCGCCAGCAGGGUGUAUUGCGAAUGUGACAAGUACUGGAAAGGCGAGGCCUGCGACAUCCCCUACUGCCGGAACAACUGCGGCAGCCCCGACCACGGCUACUGCGACCUCACCGGCGAGAAGCUCUGCGUCUGCAACGACAGCUGGCAAGGUCCGGACUGCUCUCUUACUGUGCCUUCGACGGAGUCUUUCUGGGUCCUACCCAGCGUGAAGCCGUUCGGCACGUCUCUCGCCCGAGCGUCCCACAAGGCCGUGGUGCAGGAGAAGGUCAUGUGGGUCGUGGGCGGCUACACCUUCAACUACAGCUCCUUCCAGAUGAUUCUGAACUACAACCUGGAGAGCGGCAUUUGGAACACGGUGCCCAUCAAUAGUGGCCCGGUGCCAAGAUACGGCCACUCGCUCGCACCCCACCAGGAUGAUAUUUACAUGUUCGGUGGGAAGCUGGAAGCCGGCUGGGGCAACGUGACGGACGAGCUGUGGGUGUUCAACGUUCCCAGCCGGACGUGGCAGAAGAGGAACCCCGUGGUGGCCUCCCCGGCCACGGCCCAGAUAUAUGCGGUGGAGGGACACUCGGCCCACUGCGUCCAGCUGGACGGCGGCGAGACCGUCAUGCUGGUCAUCUUCGGCUACUCGCCGAUCUACAGCUACAUCAGCAACGUGCAGGAGUACAACCUGAGGUCCAACACUUGGCUGGUGCCUGAGACCCGAGGCGCCAUCCCCCAGGGGGGCUACGGCCAAAGCAGCACCUACGACAGCGCCAGCGGCAGCAUCUACGUUCACGGCGGUUACAAAGCGCUGCCCGCGAACAAAUACGGCCUGGUGGACGACCUCUACCGAUACGACGUCAACACACGGACAUGGUUCAUCCUGCGAGAGAGCGGCUUCCCGCGGUACCUGCAUUCGGCCGUGCUCCUCAGCGGCACCCUGCUCGUCUUCGGCGGCAACACGCACAACGACACGUCACUCAGCAACGGCGCCAAGUGUUUCUCCUCCGACUUCCUCGCCUACGACAUCGCCUGUGAUGAGUGGAAAGUCCUGCCAAAACCAGAUCUGCACCGGGACGUCAACCGCUUCGGUCACUCCGCUGUGGUCAGCAACGGGUCCAUGUAUGUGUUCGGAGGCUUCUCCGGCGUGCUGCUGAACGACGUGCUGGUGUACCGACCCCCCAGCUGCCGGGCCUUCUUGGCACAGGAGGGCUGCGAGAAGGCGGGGCCGGGCGUCCGCUGCAUCUGGAGCAGGGGCCGCUGCGUCCCCUGGGAGCCCAGCAUGGCGAACGGCAGCCUCAGUCCCGCCCCGUUCUGCCCCGCCAAAGCCGUCACGGUGGACGAGUGGUGCUACAGGUUCUCCGACUGCGCCAGCUGCACGGCGAACACCAACGGCUGCCAGUGGUGCGACGACAAGAAGUGCAUCGCCGCCUCCAGCAACUGCACAUCUAACGUGAAGAACUUCACCGAGUGUCCAGUGCGGAACGAGCAGGUGUGCAGCAAGCUGGCCAACUGCAAGAGCUGCUCGCUGAAUCUCAACUGUCAGUGGGACCAGAACCACUCGCAGUGCCACGCUCUGCCCGCCCAGCAGUGCAGCGAGGGCUGGACCCAGGUGGGCGAGGCCUGCCUGAGGAUCAACUCCAGCCGCGAGAGCUACGACAACGCCCAGCACUACUGCAAGAACCUCAACGGCAACAUCGCCUCCCUCAGCACCUCCAAGCAGGUGGACUUUGUGCUGGAGGAGCUCAAGAAGCUCCAGGAACAAGACAAGCGGUUGUCUCCGUGGGUGGGCCUGAGGAAGAUCAACGUGUCGUACUGGGGCUGGGAGGACAUGUCUCCCUUCACCAACAGCAGCCUGCGGUGGCUGCCGGGCGAGCCCAGCGACUCGGGCUUCUGCGCCUACCUGGAGGAGCCCCAGGUGUCGGGUCUGAGGGCCAAUCCGUGCACGUCCACUGCGCACGGCCUCAUCUGCGAGAAAGCGACUGGAAACCCCAAUCAGAGCUCCCGUCCGUCCUGCAAGAAGCCCUGCCUGCUGCACACCAACUGUGCCAACUGUACCAGCCAGUCCAUGGAGUGCAUGUGGUGCGGCAGCGCCCAGCGCUGCGUCGACUCCACCGCCUACGUCAUCUCUUUUCCCUACGGCCAGUGUCUGGAGUGGCAGACUGCAGAUUGCGUGGCCCAGAACUGUUCGGGUCUGCGGACGUGUUCCCAGUGCUUGGAGCAGCCGGAGUGCGGCUGGUGUGGCGACCCCAGCAGCACGGGGAAGGGCCUGUGCAUGGAGGGCUCGUACCGCGGCCCCAUGAAGAGGCUGGCCAAGCAGGGCCAGCAGAACCAGCAGAUCCAGCAGAACCAGCCCCACCAGCCCCACGACAUGAUCCUGGAUGCAGGCAGCUGCCCCAAAGACAAAGGCUACGAGUGGGCCUUCAUCCACUGUCCCGCGUGCCAGUGCAACGGCCACAGCACGUGCGUGAACGGCAGCGUGUGCGAGCAGUGCCGUAACCUCACCACCGGCCCCCACUGCGAGACCUGCAUGCCCGGUUUCCAUGGAGACCCCACCAACGGCGGCAAGUGCCAGGCCUGCAAGUGUAACGGACAUGCCAGUGUGUGCCAGGUGUUAACUGGCAAAUGCUUCUGCACCACCAAGGGGAUCAAAGGAGACCAGUGCCAGCUAUGUGACUCAGAAAACCGUUACCUUGGCAAUCCACUCAGAGGAACCUGUUACUACAACCUCCUGAUCGACUACCAGUUCACCUUCAGCCUCAUCCAGGAAGACGAUAACCACUACACCGCCAUCAACUUCAUGGCCUCGCCUGAGCAGCCCAACAAGAACCUGGAUAUGUCCAUCAAUGCAUCCAACAACUUCAACCUCAACAUCACGUGGUCCGUGGGAUCAACAGCUGGAACCAUUUCUGGAGAGGAGGUGCCCAUUGUCUCCAAAACAAACAUCAAGGAGUACAGAGACAGUUUCUCCUGCGAGAAGUUCACCUUCAGAAGCAACCCCAACAUUACUUUUUAUGUCUAUGUCAGUAACUUCUCAUGGCCCAUCAAGAUCCAGAUCGCCUUCUCCCAACACAACAGCAUCAUGGAUCUGGUCCAGUUCUUUGUGACAUUUUUCAGUUGCUUCCUGUCCCUCCUGCUGGUGGCUGCAGUGGUUUGGAAGAUCAAGCAGACCUGCUGGGCGUCACGCCGCCGAGAGCAACUGAUGAGGGAACGUCAGCAGAUGGCCAGCCGGCCAUUCGCCUCGGUCGCCGUGUCGCUGGACGCCAGAGGAGAGUUGACAGAAGUGUUGCAGCCGGUGGUUGAUGGAGCGCCCAAGCCCGUUGCCAUGGAGCCGUGUUCGGGAGGCAAAGCCGCCGUGUUGACCGUCCUCAUGCGGCUGCCGUCCGGACCCUCGGGCCUGCCUCCUCCGGGACAGUCGGGGAUCAUCGUCGCCAGCGCGCUGAUAGACAUCUCCCAGCAGAAACCAACAGACUUCAAGGACAAGUCCCAGGCGCUGAAGAACCGGAAAGCCCUUCCUCCAGCACACCAGGGGACCUGCGUCUGAGCACCAACGCCAUCCGAGGCCGGAAGCCUUUUCCUCGACGACGCGCACCAGACAUCACCCGGCUGCUCCCCCGUCACUUUUCCCUCCCAUCGCCGCCCGUCCGGCUCCUCCGCUCCGCGUCCGCCGAACUCCCCCGAAUCCGGGUCGUCGAGGCGAAGGCUGGACGUGACACCGGAGACGGAUGAACGAGGAGCGCCUGGACCUUCUGAAGCCGCGGUCGGACUUCCGCCCGCUCAGCAUGAGGCGAUGAUAUCCAUAAACACGGCAGGCGGUGGAACGUGACUGGGAGAUUUCCAGUGUGCGCUGCCUCUACAGUUCUCCACCUUUUUGUUUUUUUGCUUGCCAACAAGUGGUAUUUUAUGGUGCUAAAGCAUUUGAUUUUUAUGAAAAAGCCUGACUCUCAGCUCAGUCUUUGCUCGAUAGACCGUAUGCCUUUGUGUGGGGGAAGCGCCAUCCUCCACCAGGACGCUCAUCCGACACCGUCGGAGUGUUUCCUCCGCCCCCUCCGCCCGCCGCACCAUCACCAGGAUCAGCAUCCUCUGUACAUAAGCGUCAUCCAGCCAGCUGAAGCUAAAGUCUGUAUUCUGUGUGUGAAACGUACGAAUGACUGCGAUCUCCACCAGCGGCACACGAACCGGACGAGGCGCCGAUUAAUCCAAGACGAGCAUGGAAAAUCUGCAAGAAUAUCCCCCCGUUUGUAUUAAAAAUACAGAUUUUUUUUUUCUGUUUUUUUGUUUGUUUUCCCCCCCCCAUCGUCGCCACCAGAAGAAGAAACGUGAAGCAGAAAGACUCUGGCUUGUUUACCGGUCGCUGGCUUUGUUUUUUUUUUUUUUCUUUUUAAAGUGUUAGAAGCUACGACUUCAUCUCAAACUUCAAGUGCAAGGAGCUGCGUUACCUUUCUACAAAUGCCUUGGCUUCUCUAUGAACUCUUGCGGAGGUGGGGGCGGGGCGGGGCGGGGGCGGGGCGGGGUUCCACACUUUCCGGCCCCUCCUCCGCCCUGAGCUGUACAGUGUCUUGUUGGAACAAACGUGCGAGUCUUUUGUUUCCCGUUCUCUCUCUCUCUCUCUCUCUCUCUCUCUCGCGGGUUUUGUCAGGUUUUUAUGACAGAACGCUGGAAGAUUAUCAGUUAUUUUAGGCCCCGUCACCGGAUGCGAUUCUAUCUAUGAUUUAAAAAAAAAAAAAAAGAAAGAAAAAAAAAAAGUCUUUUGCUACAGUCAUGGAAAAAAAAAAAA